AUGAAGCGAGCCUACAGCGGAGCUGAUUUUGCUGCCCAGGAUGAGGAUGCUUUGAGGCUCAUACGUACGGCGGAUCCUGCUCGUGCUGCGGAAGUGCUGGAAGAGCUUGAGCUCAAAGGCCGUGAGGUGCGAAACCCCAGCGCCUUCGUCUCCAAGUCAUUAUCGCAGUAUCCCAUGCCUCGACGCAGGUGA